CCAGCAACUAGCCAAAGUCGUGAGCGUUUCCUUUUGCUGUCAUUUUGGACGAAUUCAUUGCUCACGUUGACAUAAUCCUAGAAUAAUACACUAUCACUUUUCUAAAUCCACUGUAAUGGAGAAGAAAUCCACAGAGCCUGAACCAGGGGUUCUGGCUCAGAGCUCCUCGCUGAAUAUCUUUCACGACGAAUCGCCAUUGCCGCAACGAAAUGUGAAAACGUCCGAGAAUGUACCUCCCAGUUGCAUGGAGAAGACCUUUUACGUGCUGUCCCUCAUUAUGAUCGCCAUUCUGUUGCCCUGGUCCCUCUUGUGCUGCAUCAGGGUCUUGAACGAGUUCCAACGUGGCGUGGUGAUGCGCCUGGGUCGCUUGCGACCGAAGCCUUGCGGACCCGGCGUUAUUUUCCUAGUGCCCUGCAUAGACGUACUGCGUAUAGUGGACAUGCGCACCAGUUCAUUCAGCUUGGAACGGCAGGAGAUCCUUACGCGGGACAUGGUGACUAUCAGCAUUGAUGGAGUGGUGUACUUCAGCAUCAAGAGUCCGUACGAUGCGAUAAUGCAGGUGUCGGAUGCCCAGGACGCCGUUGAGAAGCUUUCCAUGACCACACUUCGGAACGUGGCCGGCACGCACAAGCUAAUGGAUCUGCUGGCUUCCAAGGAGUAUUUAUCCAGUCAGAUUGAGGCCAUUCUGUACACUACCACGGAGGCGUGGGGCGUGCGUGUUGAGCGCGUAGAAAUCAAGGAGAUCUUCAUGCCCGAACAACUUAAACGCGCCCUGGCUGUAGAGCAGGAGGCGAUGCGAGAGGCCAAGGCCAAAGUGGCCGCCGCCCAGGGCGAACGGGAUGCAGUUACGGCGCUAAAAGAGGCGGCAGACAUCAUGGAGACCAAUCCGAUUUCUCUGCAACUUCGCUAUCUGCAAACACUGAACACCAUAUGCAACGAUCAGACCAGAUCAUAUGUCUUCCCCUUUCCCGUGGACAUUGUGAAGAGAAUGAUGAAGUGACCCCAUUAUUUUUUUAAAUAGCUUGACAUUUUAAGAAAUUAGCGUGCCAUAACUAGUCCAUCCUUUAAAUCCAGCAAUGCUUUAUGCCACAAAAGACCUCUAUUAGAUUGAUAACUCAAAUUUAAAACUAGAUUUAAGUAAGAGGAAUAUGCUCCCAUUUUAGUGUUAUUUACAAGAGUGCGACUAAAAUAUGUACUCAUUAGAAAAUACGUACCAAGCAAAAUUACAUGGAAGCAAUAAAUAUAUGUACUAUAAUAUGUGUAAUCAAGCAUAAGUAAAUAAGGAAAAUAGUAAUGCAAUAAAUAACC